AGGACCUAUACCACAAGAAAACAAUAUUUUCCCUCUUUGAAAAUCUACGAAGUAGUUAAUGGCGAUAUCUCACGUCCAGCCUCUGCUUCUUCUCCUUGGAUCACUCUUUUUCUUGCCUGCAUUGCGUGCCAUCAAUUUCGAAUACUGCAACAAAAGUGGAUAUGAUUUCGGUACCGUCACUCGUGUUGAGAUCUCUCCUAACCCGGUUGGGCCUAACGACGGAGAGCUAAGCAUUGCGGUUUUCGGUCAUGCAAAAGAAAGCAUCCAUGCUGGAUCUAUAGAGGUGUACGCCAAAUCUGAGAAUAUUACUGACCUUCUAAGACAAUCCACCCUCUGUGUGGUGAGUGAGGCAUGCGCUAUUGAAUCUGGCACCAACUUUGUGUUACCUCUUCCGGGAGUUCCUAAGGAAAUACUUGAGGGUGACUACAAGUAUGUGGUAUCUUUGCUUGAUGAAAAAGUUGGAGACUCUAAAGAGGCAACAGUAAGAAUGUGUGUGGACUUCAGUUUACCAACUUCAUCUUCCAUAUUGGCCUCUGCUUAGUCAUGUUGGUUGGGUGGAAGAUAUGUUUUCAAGUCUUUAUGUAAUCGUGUCUAUUACUCCUACUUGCAUUUUUCGGUUUUUCUCUGGUGUAACUUAAGCUUUGUUUCUGUGAACCGUGAUGUCAUUCACUUUCCGUUUUGGAAAUAGAAAUAAAUGUGACAACUUCUGGAA